UCGAGUUUUCAAACCAAAUACAUUUCCACAUCCUUUUGCAGGAUGUUUCUAAUGUAAGAUUAGUCUAAAUGAGACGUUUGUCACAAUUUAAAUGGAGUUUUAUAUUUACAAAUGUGUGUUCUAGCUUUUAUUUAUCUGAACGCUGUGACAAAGAAAGUAACUGUAGCGUAACGUUACUCUUACUGUCAAGUUUUUUAUUUGAAGAAACGUUAAAGAAAGAAUACAGUUGCUUCCAUGAUGGAUCGGGACAGAGCUAGUCCGUCCCCCUCCACCCUGCCGGAGUCCCCUGGUCACAACUCUCCUGGGAGCGCCUUACUGCUGGGUCUGAAGAGGGUGUUUGUGCAGCUGGUCGACUGCAGGAAAACAGCAGGGCAGAGUGGAACUGUGAGAGAAGGACACGAGGAGGGAGAUUUGAUUUCAUCAAGGGACACCCCGUACUAUUGUUCUCUUAGUGGGAGGGGCUUAUCAUCUGGGGAGCCUCAACAUCCUGUUGCUGACGAGACAGAGAAGAGUGUCUCCAGAUCAGAACAUCUCAAGAAACACCAGCAGAGACGUACAGGGAAGAAACCUCACCACUGCUGCUCUGACUGUGGGAAGAGUUUCACAAGCCAGAGUGGCUUCAUUAUUCACUGUGAUCAGUGUGGGAAGAGUUUUGCUGCAUCUAACACCUUCAAAUCUAAUGUAAGAAUUCAUACAGGGGAGAAGCCUUACCCCUGUCUUUAUUGUGGGAAAAGGUUUGUUAGUGCAGGAGCCUUAACUGUACACCAGCGUGUACACACUGGAGAGAAACCUUAUAGCUGUGAUCAGUGUGGAAAGAGCUUCAAUAAGUCAGUCCACCUGACUACACACCAGCUAAUACACACUGGAGUGAAGCCUUAUAGCUGUGAUCAGUGUGGGAAGAGCUUCAAUAAGUCAGUCCACCUGACUACACACCAGCGAACACACACUGGAGAGAAACCUUAUAGCUGUGAUCAGUGUGGGAAUAGCUUUGCUGUAGCUUCCUCCCUGACUAGACACCAGGUAACACACACUGGAGAGAAACCUUACAGCUGUGAUCAGUGUGGGAAGAGCUUUGCUGUAGCUUCCUCCCUAACUAGACACCAGGUAACACACACUGGAGAGAGGACUUAUGUCUGUCUAUGUGGGAAGAGCUUUGCUCUCGCUUCCACCCUGACUGCACACCAGCGAACACACACUGGAGAGAAGCCUUAUAGCUGUGAUCAGUGUGGAAAGAGCUUUGCUGUAUCAGAAAAACUAACUAUACAUCAGCGAACACACACUGGAGAGAAGCCUUAUAGCUGUUAUCAGUGUGGGAAGAGCUUUGCUGUAUCAGAAAAACUAACUAGACACCAGCGAACACACACAGGAGAGAAGCCUUAUAGCUGUGCUGAGUGUUGGAAGAGCUUCAAUCAGUCAGUCCACCUGACAACACACCAACUGACACACACUGGAGAGAAACCUUACAGCUGUGAUCAGUGUGGGAAGAGCUUUGCUGCAGCUUCCACCCUGAAUCGACACCAUCGAACACACACUGGAGAGAAGCCUUACAGAUGUGAUACUUGUGGAAAGAGCUUCAGUCAAUCAGGGAGCCUGAUUUCACACCAGCGAACACACACUAGAGAGAAACCCUAUGUUUGUCUGUGUGGAGAGAUCUUUGCUCAUUCAGGGCCAAUGAGACAACACCAAAAAGCAAAAAUGUGCCGUAUUUCCUCUCCCUCCUAUCUGGCACCGGUUCCAGAUCCAUAAAUAAAGGAUCAAUAGAAAACAUCUAGUGAACAGUCAUAUCCAUCUCCCAUUCUUAAACGGUUGCUUUAGUCUGAUCACCAUGGUAACCUCUGGAGCAUAAUAUACAGCUCUGAUCUAGGAUCAGGUCUCCCCUGUCUAUGUAAUAUUACACAUCUAAAUGGAUAAAUAUCAUAGAUAAAUGUCAGUGAACCCAUGUGCGGGGGCGUGUUGAUAAUUGUAUCUUUUCAUAUACUCAUGAUAUUAUUAAAUGUCAUUAUGUAGAAUUUUUCAACAAUAGGUGUAUAUUCAUGUAUUCAAUUGAUCAAUAAAUUAAAUCCUUUAUCUUCUAAACAAGAAGUUAUCACUUAAACUGUAUAUUUUAUAUAUCUAUAUUGAUUAAGAUAUUCCUAAAACUAAUCAAUAAUACAUUGGAUAAUAAUAUCCAUGAGGUCCAGGUAAGAACUAUGUAUACUGUCUUGUAACAACGGUUAAUGUAAUAACUUUUAGAUUUAUAAUGUAAUAAAAUCGGUAAAUGUAACAUCUUGUUGGUUAAUAUGAUAACUUUUUCCACUUAAUGUAAUAAGUUACGUU